UUUUCAGGAAAAGGCUGAUGCUAUAGUCGCUGAACAUUCUAAAUCAGUAGAGUUUGAAUCAACGGAUAAUAUUAUAGAAUACUCAUCUCUGUGGCAGAAAUGCCAGCACCUUUGCAAAGAUGAAAAAACUUUUGAAUUAACAUUACUGCAUCUUCGGAAAACCAAAAAAGUUUGUUUUUUAAAAACUGAAGACGGAUUACAGAUUUUAAAAUUUUCCAGUCCAAACAGUAAAAUAUGCCCAGAAUUUAAUGAAGUAGAUGUGGAUGUGUUUAGGUUAAAGCAGAGUAUUCAGGUGAUGAAACUUCACAUAGAUAGACUAACUAAUGAAAUGGAAAGGUAUAAAAUGGAAGCAGUUGUACAGUUAAAAAAAGGAAUGAGGACUUUAGCUAAAAAUUACCUCAGACAAAAGCGAAGCAUCCAGAGGACACUUGAAAAUAAAUAUAUUGCUUUAGAAACCAUGGAAACGAUGCAGAGAAAAAUACAAGAAGCACACAGUGAUAUAAUGAUUAUUGAUGCCUACAAAGCUGGAUCAGCUGCUUUGAAGCAAACCUUAAACAUAAAUGAACUAACUCCAGCGGCUGUUGACAAUGCUAUGGAUGAAGUACAGGAGGCUUUGGAAGCAUACCAAGAAGUGAACGACACAGUGAUGCAAGGAAACGAUACAAUAUCCGAUAUUGCUGGUAUCAGUAAAAAUGAACUGGAAGAAGAAUUAGAACUACUACUUGCUGGAGAAAAUGAGUCAUUUGAUGAUUUAGGAAUUUCCGCUUUUGAUAAAAUGAAUGUGGCAGACACAUCAGCUUCUGACAGAGAGCCAAACUUCAGUGACAUACUAGCAACUAGCCAGUCAACCCCGCCACAUUUUCCAAGUGUACCAACUACCCCACCACAAUAUGAUGUGUAUAAAGUACCAGCCGGCUCAUCACAAGUACAUGACGUGUAUGAUAUGAGGUUUCCAGACGUGCCAUCAACAGCUAUGCCAACAUCACCAUCAUCACAAAAUUACAAAGAAAGAAAUGUUGAGACAAUUAUUCUGGAAUGAAUAAUGUAUUUGUUAAUAGUACCAAAAACAUCCAUCUAUCAUAGUAUGUACAGCUUCAGUAACAUAGGACACAGGCCAUAGAUGGUGUCUGAUUCCUCAUAUUGCUUACAGUGCAUAGUGAAAUGAAAUGACAAUAGAUUGAAC